AUGGCGACAAUGAAAGUGAAAAAAAAUAUCACUCCAGAACAUGGACACGACGUUCCGAUCACAAGAAGGAGACUUCGUAAUUCAUAUCCAGGCCCUAACACACAAAACAAUGGCACUGCCCAGCUUUCUCCCGGAGGUGGCUCCUCCACCCAACCUUUGCACCCCGCUGCUCCCCAACAGUUCCUGAACCUAAACAAGAUGAUCUUUUCAUGUUCUGAAUGUGGUAAAUCCUUUACGAAGAAAUUAUAUUUUGCCAUACAUAAGAGGAUGCAUACCGUACGGCGCCAAUUUCUGGAGGAUCACACCAUCCCCCACUAUGACCAGUGUGGAAAAGAUACGGAGGUCAAGAAGGAACAAAUGAGCCCUAUGAGGGGUGGCCAGCAGUCUAUGAAGAAGGUUGGAAUCAUGGCGACGAUGAAAGUGAAAAGAACUUCUUUAAAUAUCUCUCCAGCACGUGGAGAUGACGUUCCGAAUACCAGAAGCAGACGUCGUACUUCAUAUCCAGACACAGAAAAUAAAGGCACACCCCGAUGUUCUCCCAGAGUUGACUCCUCCACCCAACCUUUGCGUCCCGCUGUUCAUAAGAAACUUUCCGUUGAUAACAGGAAGAGUGUUAAACACAAAACCAACAAGGUAUUUCCAUGCCCUGAAUGCGGUAAAACCUUUACAAAGGAAUCUUAUUUUGCUAUGCAUUCGAGGACUCAUACUGGAAAGCGCCCAUUUGUAUGUGUGAAGUGCGGGAAAAGUUUUACGUACAAUUCGUGCCUUCUUAGACAUCAAAGACAUCACACGGAAGUGAGGCCCCAUCCAUGUUCACAUUGCGGGAAAAGUUUUAAAGAGAAAUCUGCCCUCAUCCAACAUCUACGAAGUCACACCGGUGAGAAGCCCUUCCCGUGCCCUCAGUGCGGUCAACGGUUUAGCCAGAACGAACAUCUGCAGAGACAUCUGCGAGCGCACACCGGCGAGACCCCUUUUGCGUGCAAGAAGUGCGGGAAGUGCUUUACGCGAAAAGAUAUGCUCGCCCUGCACGAGCAAAGGCAUGUGGAUGAGCGCCCGUUUUCCUGUCUACAGUGCGGGAAUCGUUUCACCAAUCCGUUUUGUCUGGUCCGACAUCAGAAACUCCACGCCAAGAAGCGCUCUUGA